AUGACGAUCAAAUUUAUCCUUCUUGUUGGAAUUUUCUUGACUUACAAUGUGCACGGGAACUUCAUCAUCCCAAACCCUCUCAAUAUAUUUAUACUCGCUGGCCAGAGUAAUAUGGCCGGUAGAGGUGGGGUUAAAGGAGGUAUUUGGGACGGGAUUGUUCCGCAGGAAUGCCAACCAAAUAAAUCCAUUCUUCGGCUCUCUGGAAAUGGCCUCUGGGAGGAAGCAAUAGAGCCACUGCACAAGGACAUUGACGUGGGAAAACCAGCUGGGAUCCGUAUAUCGAGUACAUUGGUCUGGGCCAGGAUCGCUGUGAAAAGUGGUGGAAUUCUCAGGGGCAUAUUGUGGUAUCAAGGUGAAAGCGAUACUGUGUUAGACGUGGAUGCCUUCUCCUACAAGGAGAAAUUGAAGAAUUUUUUUCUUAGUGUUCGCGCUGAUUUGUUUUCACCAUUUCUUCCUAUCAUUCAGGUGGCUAUAAUUUCUGGGAACGACACAAAACGUAUUGAGAUUGUAAGGCAAGCACAAUUUGGAACUAGACUUCCAAAUGUGCAAUGCGUUGAUCCCAAAGGCUUCGACCUAUUAAGGGAUAGGUUACAUCUUACAACUCCAUCCCAAGUCAAGCUAGGACAAAUGUUGGCCGAUACUUUUCUCAAGUCUCCUGCUCAUCCUGUGCCAGCGAUCAUGUAUGGUUAUACUUGA